AUGAAGUACGGCAAAACUCUCCGUCAGCGAUCCGUCCCCGCGUGGAACUGCUACAACAUCGAGUACGACAAGAUCAAAUACUACAUCAAAGAACAGACCACCCCCGGCAAUGGCAAGGCCGUGGCCAUCCCCGGGCGAGGAGAGCUCGACAAGGCAUUGGACUUUGAGGAUAAGCUACAUCAGAUACUAGCAGACAGUUACGCCAACAUCACCCUGUUUGUUAAGAGCAAGUCGGGUGAAAUCCGCUCAAGACUCGCCCAGAAUGAGAAACAACUCGCAAAGCUCGCGACCCGGCCGAAGGCGUUCAAAUCGAAUAGGAUCCCUCUGAGCGAGCUUCAGGCAUAUGCGUGCAUCGAGAAAGAUGUCAUUCGCGCCGGUCAGGAUAUCGAGAGCUUGUCGAGGUUCAUCAGCGCUCAGCGGACCGCCUUUCGCAAGCUUCUGAAGAAGUACAGAAAGUGGACUGGUUCGACCACCCUCGACGAACGAUUCAACAAGGGCGUCUUCAACGAUCCCAAGGGAUUCCAUCGAUUCGAUGCUGGCCCGCUGCUGGGCACUUACUCGACUCUGCUACAUACCAUCAGAGUGCAGUAUGGGAAGCUCAUAGGCGCGCCGUCCAACUCAAGACCAGAUACCCCUCUCGAAACAAUCGCCGAAGGUUCUGCCACGAUCAGGGAGCUGCAAGAUGAGCUGGAUAAAGAGCAGAAGUCGGCUUUUGAUACAAGCAUGAUGACGGUCCCGCUGGGCAAGCGUAGCACUUUGGCCAGCUACUUUGUACACCCGGAGAAUGUCAUGGAGUUGGAGGUCUUCUUGAUGCAGUAUGCGAAGUACCACCUCCACAGAAGCCGAAACAACUCGUUGGCAUCGCAGAUUCACGACCUGAGCAAGUUGACCAGCUUCACCCCUGCCGAGCCAGACGUAUCCGACUUCCACACCAUUGCAGCCGAUGAUGUUGACCGAUACUUGAAUGAGGAAAGGAGUUGGAAGACUGAUGACAUUGAGCGAAGGUCGGGAAGCAUUCCACAGCGGACAACAGCAGCCCUUCGCUGGUCGGGAGAUGAGCUAGCGAUGGCAUCUUUGCGCACAAAGAAUGGCAACGUCAGCCGGGCCUGCGUGAGCCAAAAGAACAUUCUCGACUUCUUCAGCAAGGACGAGCAAUUCCACGCGCCGCUCGAAACUGCACAUGGCGAGGAUGGUGAAAGUAUUGAAAGAGUGCGAAGUGACAUGAUGGUCAAGGAUAAAGUCCGGCCUCUAUAUCACUUUGCGUCUUGUCGCUCGCGAUUCGUGGGUCUUGAAGACGGUGAGGCGGGGCUUUGUCUUGCUACGCUUGAUACUGGCAUCAGGAUUGACAAGGCUGACGCACGGGUUGUGGAUACGAAGAGGGCGGCCAAGUUUCCUUUUGGGGUAUUGACAGUGCGACAAGAGGGCUUUCCAUCGACACAGUUGCUUUCUGUCCUUGAUGAGAGUCAUUUGGUCGAGCGGGUGCCUGGAUUCUCCCUCGAGUACCAUUGCAUCUGGGAGCUGAUGAAGACGGAAAAAGAUAUUCCCGCACCAGCCUGGGAGGCCACACUCGGACGAGACAUUCGCAAGAUCCCAAAAACACCCCCGAUGCCACCACGCUCGAGCUCGAGACAGAUGUCGGGAGAACGAAGUCCACUUACACCCCCGGUCAGGCGUUCGAGUGCGAAAGAUAGGUUAGGAUCGGGUGCAGGGUUCAGGUCUGUUGGAGUUGGUGCGAACGCUGCAACCCAGCCCCAGACUCUACAAACCGUCAUGAGUCCACGAGACAGCAACGAUGGUACAGUCGACAGCGGAACCGCCGUGGAGCAGUCGAGCGCUGAAUCGCACCUCUCCGCCCUCGAGAACCCACCCCUCCGAGCCUUCCGCAAGAAGAAGCGACCCAACUACCCUGAAGCACCCACGCGAUCGCUGAAGCAACCCCAAACAGAACAACAAAGAUAUUGGAACGAAUACGACAAUCCAGAGGAAGGAGGGUCCGAUGAGGGCGGCUACGCCAUCUACGUCGACCCCUACGAAACCUCGCCCCUCGAACGCGCCAUCGAUAACUUCUUCGGCAAGCUGGGGAGUCUCUUCAGGAAGCAGUGGCCUAGUGAGGAGGAACCUCUCCUCCAACAACACGCCGCGCCCUCGGACCCCAUCGACGAGGAAUCUUCCGACGACGAACUCGCCACGGCCACGACGCCCAACUUCGGCACUUUCGCGCAAACCACCACCGCCACCACGCCGCGGGCGCAGAAACACCGCUCCCUCCUCCUCACGCACCUCGCCUCCGCCUCCCUCCUCAUCUCCGCCGUCUUCCUCCUCGUAGGAUACAUCCUCUCCGCGACCGGCAAACACAAACUCGUGACGGAAGUGCGCGUCGGAGUGGUGCUCUGCGUGGUCUGUGGACUUGCGGCGGCGUUGGCCGGGUUUCGGCUCGUGGUGGUGCGGAAGAGGGAGGAGGUUGCUUUGUGGAUGUGGUGGGGGGCUUUUGGGGUUUUGAUGGGCGAGGCGGUUGCUACUGGGGGGUUGUUGGUGGGGGUUUUUGGGUAG